AUGUUUAGUAAURUGAUCGUUUUGUUUUUCUGUUUUCAGUCUAAUCGUUUGAAAAAUGAAAUUAAAGCCGGCACAGUGUGUAUAAUGACUCUUGAGCUGUUGACAAAACAAAAUCAAUUAUUGUCGCAAAACAAAGUCGGCGAAAUAAAAUGUUGGCUGAUAGAUGGUGUAGAACUCAAGCUCCAUCAUACAUUAUCAACCCAAAUGAUUGGCUUUUGUAAAUUGGCUUUGCACAAAACAAACAUGUUAUUGUGCAAAGGAGAUAAGUCUACGAUGUGUUGUUACUCCACCGACACUUAUGAUAAAAUUGCUGUUUAUAAUCCACACCAAGAUGACAAUUUGGGAGAUUUAAUGGUAGUAAAAUCAAUCGGUAAUUAUGUGUUUUGUGGUUAUGAAGCCAAUACAGUCGUUGUAUGGCAGGAAGAUGUAAUCGUUAAUCAGUAUAGCUUUCCCGAACUUGAAUGUUUAAUGGCUCUGGAUGUGGAUCAUAAUGUAAAGAAAGGUAUUUGUGCUGGUAGUUCAAAUGUGAUUAACACAUUUCAUAUUGCAGAUGGUAAUCUAAGUUUGGAUAAAAACAUUAAGAUCACAAAUCCUGGUGUUAAUGUUUUGCUGCUGAGGCCUGACGAUAAAAUAGUCGCUGCUGCUUGCUGGGAUCUAACUGURAGAUUAUUUUCUUGGAAGACUAUGAAGCUGUUAGCUGUUUUGGAUUCCCAUUCAACUGGGGUUAUGAGUAUUGAAUAUUCUGAAUCAUCAGUGACAUUUUGGAAAGCCAGGUACAUGCUGGCUGUUGCAAAUAAAGAUAAUAAAAUCACUCUUUGGGAUGUCUACAAUGGAAAGGAUAACAAUUAAUGMUUAUUAUAUUGCAUGUCAAAGUGAUGACAAUUUUGUGGUCAACCGAAGAACKGWAGAUUAUCAAAAYAAACUGCAUUCUCAAUAGGCAACAGAAUGUUGACAAUUUAGAAAAUUGAAAAAUGAAACAACACGAUUGUACAUUUUAAUACCAAUCGAKGGCCGAGGAGUGCUAAUGUAUUUUUAUAUUAUGAACUAAUGAAAACAAUUUUAAAGUGAUUUCUUUUAACAAUAUAAACUAGGUUUGAUUUGAGAUUCACAUUAUAUAUUUAUAUUAACAGCUAAGAAAUCAGAAGAAAUUAAUAUCAGAAAUGUAUUUCAUUAUUUAGAACAUGAAUAAAUGAGUUAAUGAAAGCUGGUUCCUUUAAUUCAAGUUUUUCAUGGAUAAAUCAA